AUGUACCUCCAUUUCGGCAAGUCUGGACCCUCCAAAACUACUCACGACUCUAUUCAAGCUCUGACUUCCUGUUCCUCCUCUCGUGAACUACUUCACAAGCUUUGUGAAGAAACCAACGCCAUUACAAGUCUCUCUACUGUAGCACCUGGUGAUAACAGUCAAUUUACAAAAGAUGGGUCCAAUGUCAUCACUUCACCACGCCAGAGAGACCAUCCACACGUCCGUCCACAAAAUGGGGUCGGAGCGGAGAUUCCUACUUCGGAAGGUGCGGGUGUGGCUACCGCACAUCAACAUAUGGCGAACACCAAGAAUAAAAAGAAAAAAAAGAAAGCGACCAAGAGGCUUGCGAAAAUCCAAAGCUCUUCUACUGGGGUGAGUGAGGCUGAUACUGUGACAGCUGAAUCAGUCGCACCUGCUGAUGUAAGUUCCACAGAUGAAGUUUCCGAUGAAGCCUCUCUCUUACCCUCCUCAUCGUUAUCUACUUGCUCCUCCUCACAGUCGUUAGUAACAGUAGCGAUCAGUGCCUCUACAAAUUCUGACUGUAACGACAACGGUGGGGGAUAUGAAGUUACUGACCCUGGUGAAUCCGUUCCAGUCAACGUCCCCGCUUCGGAUAGUGCGGAUUCAUCCCUGGUUGUCACAACACCACCGGGGAACAGAAAGCAGCCUAUAAACUGGUCUGUGUCAGCGCCGAUACUAAAAUCCAAAAAACUGAAGAAGAGUCUGUCGAGAACGUUAUCGAACCUAGACUUUGACAAAUGCAGCCCAGAAAUUUGUGUUACCCUGAUGCAUCGGCCGACAAUACAAAAUGUCGGUGCCCUGAAGAGGAAAUUAAAGAGCUGCAGCACAGAAUGGCUGCAUACGUUCGUCACCAAAGGUGGACUUGACAGUCUGCUGGACUAUAGUAGCGGCGAGCGCCAUCUUCAUCAGCUGUCAGAUGCCCUAUUGUUGUUGGAAUGUAUCUCUUGUGUCAGGGUUGUGAUGAACUCUCGCCAGGGAUUAGAAUAUAUAAUUAAUACUCAUUACACUACCAAAUUGAUUAAAACUUUGGAUUCCCCAAACGUAAUGGUCAAAAGCGAAGUGUUUGAGCUUAUGUCGGUCCUUUGUAUCUACUCCAAUGACGGAUACCAAAGUACGCUCAAUGCCAUAGAUCUGAUAAAGGUUGGCAAGCACGAACAUUAUCGCUUCAGUUUCAUUGUUAAUGAACUGAAGACGACGGAGGUGAUCGCUUACAAGAGGAAUCUCAUGGCCUUCAUUAACUGCAUCUUGUUUGCAACCGACGAACUUUACGAGCGCAUAAAGAUCAGAGUAGAAUUCACAGACCUGAACAUCGAGGCAGUGCUUAAGGAAUUACGCAACUUGAAUGAUGACAAACUGACCAUCCAGUGUGAGACAUUUGAGCAGGACAAGAGACACGAUGAGGCAAUUUUGACUCUGGCCCAUAACUCUAACCGAGGAGACAUUAGCCGUCACCAAGAUAUGUUUCUAGCCAUUUGUCAGAAUUUUCAUGCUGUAAUGAAAAAGAAAGGAAUCACGCCGUGUGCCAAUUGGGCAGAACGUCUAUCACGGCGUCGAGCAAGUAAUAUACACUAUGAAUCAACGGGGUUAGGACACUCGAGGUCAGGUGAUCUUUCUAAAAUAUAUCACGAAGAUAUAACAAAUGCAUCCUCUCUACUUAUGCCGGCUCAGGCUCUGAGGGUUCUUGGCACUCCUCACGCGGAUUCUUUUCUGAGCAUUUUACAAUCUUUGAAGCAGAUAGAUUCAGAGAGUGAAGUUAGCGACCACCAAUGGACAAUCAUGGAAUCAAUCGCUCAGAAUCUGUUAUAUCUUGACAAGUCACUUUUUCUGGAAAAACUGUUGGUCGACAUCGAAACGGAAGUUGAACUUCAACGCUACCGGAGUGAAAACGAAUAUCGAUCAGAGACACGCUCUGUGGACACUCUGAACACUUCCCACACGACUGCUGAUUCAACCUAUGGCUCUGAGCCCGAAGAAACUAACACCAUCGAUCAUCGGCACACUUUACAGCGGUUCAGUUUAAAUAAACACCCAAAACGCAAAUUACACAGAAACAGCUCUCUUCCAGAACUUGGUCACCGUGACUUUACCAAAGUGUCGUCAAAUGAGCUGAAAAAGUCUCGCAAGCGAAUAGAAAAUACCAGAAGGCAAGCAAGAAGGCACUCUUCCUCUUCGGCUAUGACGCCGACGAAUGAAGAGGUUAGUGAUCUAAAACUUUCUCCUGAAGAGUGGGAUCUGUCGUCGGUGUCGUCAGCUGAAAGCGAAACUAUAUCUUCGUCAGUUGCUGACAGUUCGAGCCCCCACCACGACAAUGACGAGCAAGCCAAUCAGUUUCAGUCUGGUGACCGUUUUCACCAUUCCAUGACAUUGAAUAGUACUGCUGGGUCCGGAAGUGAAGCAAGCGUUGCAGAACACCAGCAAAAGCUUAAAUGUAAAGAAACGCGGAAGAUUACACCGGAUAAUUCUCAGCUUCCAGGCUUGGCCGUUCAAUCCACGUUAAUUGGGUGCCUUCCUGUGAUGAACAGAAAACCAAAACCUCCCAUGCAGAGAACGAGGGUCAACGAGGAUAAAGAUUCAAAAUAUAAACUGCCACAGUCCCAACGCUCCGAGUGUUUGGAUCACUCGGAAAACGAUCCAACAAUGUCUGAUUCUUGCUCAUCCACUGAACAUUGUCUUCUGACAAAACAGCAGAAUUCGCAGCCGGUUAAAACGCUAACGACUGAAGACCAUCAAGGGUCUUACGCCAGAGACGAACAUAAAAAUAAUUCUUUCUCUCGAUACUCCUCUUCUCCCCCACACCAGACUAAUUUCGAUACGAGCGAUAAGACACAAACAUUGUUAAAUAAAAAAACAAACGCAAUCCCGCCACCGUCUCCUCCACUAACAGAUCAAGAAAAAACGGUUCCUCCUCCACCUCUCUCAUCCGAUAAAAGUGAACUUUCACAAUCACCACCGCCUCCAUCACCUACACAGCCAAUUCCGGCCAACAUAAAUAAUCCUACGUUUCCUCCACCCCCAUCAGGAACUAGUGGGUCUUUUCCUACGCCUCAACUGCCACAACCACUUCCGUCCUCAACGAAUAGGUCUCCACAUCUCCUUUCUCCUGUCAAAGUAGAGCUUUCUCCACUUCCACCAGGAACAGUUGAGUCUCCAACACCUUUUCUGUCAAAAAUAGGUGGGUCUCCACCUCCCCUUCCUUCUAUCCUUGGAGAGCCGCCGCCCCUUCCGCCUGGAAUGGGUGGGCCACCGCCUCCGCCGCCACCCCUUCCGCCUGGAAUGAGUGGACCACCUCCGCCACCGCCCCUUCCGCCUGGAAUGGGCGGACCACCUCCGCCGCCACCACCACCGCCCCUUCCGCCUGGAAUGGGCGGACCACCUCCGCCGCCACCACCACCGCCCCUUCCCGCCUGGAAUGGGCGGACCACCCUCCGCCGCCACCACCACCGCCCCUUCCGCCUGGAAUGGGCGGACCACCUCCGCCGCCACCACCACCGCCCCUUCCGCCUGGAAUGGGCGGACCACCUCCGCCGCCACCACCACCGCCCCUUCCGCCUGGAAUGGGCGGACCACCUCCACCGCCACCUCCUCCAUUGCCUCCAGGCAUGGGAGGACCACCCCCGCCUCCACCGCUUCCUCCUGGCACAGGAGGCCCUCCUCCACCUCCACUCUUUGAAACCUAGACAAAAACUUCGUUCUUUUUUAUGGACUAAAGUGCCUUCCAAUCAAUUAAGAGACAAAAAUGUCUGGCAAGAAAUUCAAAUGAUAAAGUCGGAGAGUCUCAAAGUAGAUUAUGAUCUUCUUGAAAACAUGUUUAGUUUGAAAAAUGUACAGAAAACUACAACAACGGAACACCAACAAAAGAAGACAGAAGUUGCUCAAAAGAAAUUAAGUGUUCUGAAUCGACAACGCAGUUUGGAUAUUGCUAUUUUUCUACGACAGUUCAAAGGUUCACAAGAAACUAUCAUUAACAAAAUACGUGAUAAUAAAAUUGAAGAGUUUGGUUUGGAGAAAUUGCGGCAGAUGCGAAAGAUUUUACCAACUGAUGACGAGAUUUCCAUGUUGAAUUCUCAUCAAGGUGACAUGGAAAAUUUGGCUGACCCUGAAAAAUUCUGCUUACUCUUGUCAAAAUUACCGUCCUACCAGGUGCAGCUAAGCGGCAUGCUUUUAAUGGAAGAAAAGGCAGCAUUGAUGCAGACACUCAGGCCAAAUAUCGAAAUGUUGAAAAAAAUCUGCCAUGACUUGAUGGCGAAUAAAGACUUGAAGAACUUUCUGGCACUGACAUUACAAGUUGGAAAUUAUAUGAAUUCCGACCGUCAUGCCGGCAAUGCCAUGGGCUUCGAAAUCAGUUCAGCCAUUAAACUCGCGAAUGAAACUAAAGGCAACGAAUCUGGAAUAAAUUUGCUUCAUUUUCUGGUGAGCCAAGCAGAGGAAUCGAACGGCCUUGGAUUCGUGGAACAACUUCAGCCGACAGUACAAAGCGCCAGCAGGUUGUCGAUUAAAUUACUGAAGGAAGAGCUGAGUAACUUAGCAAAUAGUGUAAACAAAUUGAACUUGGAUCUGAAAACCUGUGAUGAAAGAAUGAAGAAUCGUUAUGGAGUUUUCAUUAAGGAGACAAAAGACGAAAUUGUUGAAUUGAAUAAGCAAUUGCAAGAAAUCGAGACCAUGACCCAGAAACUGCAAGCUUAUUUCUGUGAAAAAGAAAAGGAUUUCCAGCUGGAUGUCUUCCUCAAUGACUUUAAUAAUUUCCUGCUGAACACUAAACAAUGCCAAAAGGACAAUAAACAACGACGCAUAAAGCAAGAAAUAUCAAUGCGAAGUCAAAAGAAAAAGGAUCAGAAAAUAUUAAUGGCAAAAAAGAAGGAACAACAGCAACAAAAAUUCACAAUAACAAAAGAUGGCAAAAAAUGUCGGAGAAGGCGCACUAUUGAUGAUGUGAAUAUUGUGGAAAAUCUUGUCAACAUGAUCUGUAAGGGUUUUGUGGAGGAGGAUGAUAUUAUCAGCUGA